AUGCAAGCUCUCAAACAAUAUAUUUUUACUGUAACCGUGAAACUUAUUCAUCAAGCAACAUCGAAUAAUGGCAGUGUUAACUUUGUGGCUACGAAACUCAAAUUAAUAGAUCUAGAAGUGAGUAUCACCCAAUCUGGCACACCCCAACUAAUGACAUGCCAAACCCUUGGUCCAUCUACUCCUAAUUCCAAAAAAUUUAUUAAAAAUGUAUUUGAUUUUUUUAAACUACAUCAAGACCCAAGUAAUAUGAGAGUACCAAGUAAAAUAGCAGUUGGAGCAACAACCGUUUUUACUGCCGACAAUGUUAAUGGUAUCAAGACCGCCACUUUAGAUGGCCUCGCUGCUCCUCUUCUCACACGAUACAUCAAUGACCAAUCUAUGAGUUUCCAAGUUCCAAUCGGAUUCCCACUUGGCAACAAUAAUUUAAAUUUAUCCGGAGAUGCAGGCGAAUUAUUAUUUGGACCACUUCCCGUCCAAUUAUUUGUUAUUCAAUUAAAUAGUAUUGAAGUUGUUGACUUUGUUGAGGUUCCAACUGUAAAGAUCACUGGUAUAGGUUUGGAUAAUAUGGGCUUUCUUCCAAAAGUGUUAAUGACCGAUUCCAGCAACGCUGUUACCAAAUGCUUGGUCGAAGUUAAGACAACCUAUGUCACCAUACUUUGUCUACCAGAAGCCAAAAAACCUGGAUCCUACAAAAUCGAAAUCCAUUUAGGCAAAUAUGGAGUAACCUUGACCCAAAAUAAUUUUAAUUUUCAUUCAUCACUUUUGAUUAGAGAAAGAGUGUUUGAUCCCACUAAAGAAAAUAAAAUGGUGGUCUUUACCAAAGAUAUUGUCAGAGAUAACGUCGGUAUUGUAGAGCCGAAAUUCUAUGAUUCCACAAAUCCUCUCACAAGUACUCUCUUACCUACAAUGGUAUUGAUAUCGAAAGAAUUACAUUAUCAAAUCGAUGUCACCAUUCCAGUAGAGAGAGAUUUUCUUAAUUCCAAUCCAAAUCAUCAAUAUAAUAUCGAAAUGCGUUGGACUCCCAAUCCACCAACAGUCAUUCCAAGUACAAUCAUUCCUAUUUCAUUCUCGCGAUCCAAUCCGGUCAUUACAAAGAUCUAUCCACCCACCGCCAGAUAUUCUUUCCAAAACUUCGAUACCGACCCAGUGAUAACACAAAUCACCAUCUAUGGAACUGGAUUCGAUUCUAGAAUCGCACCACAAAUUGAAUUCACUGAAAAAGGUGCUUUUACCGGUAAAUUCAAUUGUGAAACCAUUCAAAUCAACACCUAUCUCACAUGUUUUAUCAAGAGUCAACGUGAAAUCCUUACCGAAGUCCGAUUAAUCUAUAAUAAUGACAUUCAAUCUGAUCCAUUCGAUUUCAAUUUCUUUGGUUUGUCCUGUUUGGGUCGUUCACCAGACCUCAAUGUUCCGAAUCUUCCAGUGGAUUGGUCGUUCACCUAUAAGUUCCGUGAGAACGAAGACACUCCCAUUGCCGAGAAAGAUAACUAUCUCUAUAUUGACAAUAAAUACGAUCUCAACGUCGAGCGACACAAAGGAUUGACAGAUAUCUCCAGCUCGCUAUCACCAAUGGCAGCGACAUUCGAUCAAAUCAAAUAUGGUUACUCCUAUUACUUCUACAAUGACCAGGUCGGAAUGCGUAACCCAGACGGUUCCAUGGUGAAGCCGAAAGUCGAUCCCCUUAAACAGAAAAGUAUUUACACUGCAGCCAAUUCCAAACCUGGACAUACCAAAGGUCUGGUUAUUUACGACCACAAUACAGGAAGUGGACUUCACAUUAUCCAUUCACAACCAUACUGGCCAGCUUUCACAUACAACAGUCCGACCGCGCCAACCGGUGAACCACUAACAAAAGCACCACCAUAUGAUUAUUACGAAAUCAAUACACCUAAUUGGCUUGGUGAUAAAUCACUGAAUCAACAUUUCUAUUGUUAUACAUUCGGUGCUUCUACCGACGUAAACACCGGAAUCAAUAUUGUUUCUAGAUACAUUGGUCAAAAUAUUCCAUUGAUAUUCCAAUCGGUCCAAAAUUUAAAAAAUCCACAAUUCACAUUGCUAAAUGCUCUCAUAGAUCCCAAUGGUGUUACAACAUCGAUAGAUCCCAUUACAACAAUUUGUGAUGCAGAAACUGCCAAUGCUUUUCCAUCCCUUAAAGAUAAAUGCUGGUGGCAUACCGACAUGACAACCAAAAGCGGUAUCAAAUUGAAUAUUUUUUCGAAAGCAUCUAAUAACUACAAAGAAAAGAAAGUUCAAAUGGUUAAAGUACGUAAACCUGUCCCAGGUGCUGCUCUCUAUGUCAAACCAAAUCCUAAUGAAAAGUAUAUUUUGGAGGGUUUCGAUAUCUAUGAGCGAAUGCUUGAAACUUUCAAUCCGACUGCAAACGGUAGACCGUUUUUCGUUCAGACUCUUCAGAUGGGUGGUGCAAAGAGAAAGUACCAAACAUUGGAAAAUCAAAAACUGUUGGCAAAUGUCGAAGACUCUCUAGAAACCACCAAUCCGGAGAAUCUCGAAAAUGGUUACAUUCAUCACUCCGCUAGAGACCAUUCCAAAUUGAUGUUUAACAUGCGCCCACAGCCAUGGUCUGAUACGAGGUUCGACAAUAUCUUCUGUGCAGGUGAUAGCAAUCGUCAUAAUGGUCAAGGUAUACGUGGAGGUGGUGCCGCCUGUUUCUUCAGCAAGGAGCUAGUCAACUAUUUUAGCAACAGAGUUGGUCGUUAUACCAAUAUUAUACGAGCUAAUGAAGAGGAUCUCUUUGUCAUUCAGUCAUUUGGUAUCGCUACUAUUCCCACUUGGAUGAGAUUGGCUGUGAUCGACAUUCUAAUUACUUCUGAAGAUACAAUGAUCCCACCAACCGGUAGCAUUUUUGAAACUCUCCAAUAUGUCACCUUCGAUGGAACGAAUUACGAUUUUAUUCCAACCUAUCCUCCAACCUUAUCGGUCUUAGACGACAAGCGGAAAUUCACAGUGAACAUAUCUAUUUACCGUGCGUCGAGCAGUGAAACUAUUGAGUGGGGUUUGACGUGGUCAUCCAAGGUCAAAGCACAUGCACCCAACCCAAUUCACGUCCAACAACUGAUGGCAAUGGAAACUCCAAGCUUCAAAUUGUGCUAUUGCAUUGUGGAGCCAUGUAACCUUGCUAAUGCCCUGCGUUAUGACACAACAUUUGAUCUCACUACCAACCCAUUUACGUACGUCUCAUAUCUACCGGUGCAGUUUUACUCUCAAUACACAUCCUUUACAGUACCACCCGAUAAUCCAUUGAUAUUUAUCGACAAAUACCUACAAAUUAUGAAAACCAAUAUUGCUUGGCCAACUGAAAUUCCAAACUUUGUUAUGGUUAAAUCAAAUGGACCGACCAGAUUGGAAAACGAUAUUCUCUAUAUUUUCAGUCUCACAUGUCAGGAGGAAGUUGCAUAUGCAUUAACUUUGAAGAUUAUUGAUUCACUAUUAGUUGACAAAACUAAUAUUGAUAAUACAGUUAUUCAAGGAAUGGCAUGGGCAGUCUCCAAACAUAUUAACAAUUUAAUGACAAAACAAACAGGAUCAACAGUGGUUGGUUGUUUCAGGAAUAAUCCGGAAGCUACGUUUGGUGUUGAUUUAGAGGGUGCUUCACUUGGUAGAGUUGCUCCUCCAACUGCCUAUUGGUAUGCUGCCACAUUUUGGGAUUGGAUGGAUGAAUUGGAUGACAAAACACUUGGCCCUGAUCCGAACAUAGUUUUUGGUGAUUUCAACACUCCAUCCGUAAUUCCAUGGACCGAAUUAUUGAAGAAUGUUCAAAAUUGUCAAACUAUCAAGUCGUUAUAUGAUUCGCUGGAUGCCAAAUACCGAGUUAAAGUCAAUGAGAAUAUUUUGUAUUACAACGGAUAUCCAGAACCACCAGUAGUUCCACCUGUCAGUGCAAGUACCAGUCGUUUCAAUUUAUUAUUACAAUUGACAUCAGACAAUAUUCCAUCUUAUACAACUGAUGUUCUCAAAGAACUAUUGGUUGAUCCAGGCUAUUUCACUCAAUCUCAAAUCUCAAAUCUCGAUCAGACUGAAAUCGACAAGAUUUUCGAUUCACUUGCACUUUGGCACUCCACCAACGAUACAAACUAUGGAAUCAAAACAGUCUUGGAAACACCAAAGAGUUCAGCUCAAGCAAACAAACCACUUCAAUUCUUGUCGUCUCUCCUCCUUACUAAUCCAUUGGAACCAUUCGGUAUUUGUGAAUCAUCGCAGCCAUCGGUCAUGAGAUUGUGUGAUCCAUUUUCUUUGGUUUCACUCACCAAACUAUUGCAAACUCACAUCUAUUCUCACCAUGAGCUACUCUCAUUGGAAUCAGACCUAAAGUUCUAUUACAUUGAUAGUAAGCCCGCAGGAUCACCAGUGUUGGCAAUUGCAACACUCAAAGGUAGAAUAUGUGAUUUCACACUUGUUACUCCACCACUAAACACUGUUCAAAUUCAAGAGAGUCUUUGUUUGGGAAGUGGACCAGUCAUUUAUGGUGUUUCUCCUCCCAGCGUUAGACCGACCAACGGUAACUAUCCAUUGGAUAUCUACGCAUUCCAUAUCAAAGCAGGUAUGACAGUGAGCAUUGGAGAUCAAGAUUGUCUUCAAUCCAACUAUAUCAACAGUACCUACAUCCAAUGUAUUGUACCACCUGGUUCCGGAAUUCAAUAUAUUUCCAUUUAUGACGUAUCAACCGAUUCAUAUGAUUCUCAAUCGACAGAGUUCACAUUCUCAUAUGAUUUACCAACCGUUGAUUCUAUUUCACCAAUGAUAAUUCCAACUACUGGAUCUCAGCUCAUCAUCAAUGGUAAAAACUUUGGAAUAGACAAUUCAACAAUUUCAGCUACGAUUGGUGAUAUUCUUCUAAAUCUUGUAUCGGUUAACCAUACAAACAUUAUUGUUGAUAUUCCGGCUGGAACAGGUUCCAAAUUAUUCAUUUCUUUGAAGUUCAAUGGAUAUACGAUUCCAAACACUCUUACAUUCUCUUACCAACCGCCAGCUAUUACUUCGUUCACACCAACCACUGGUAAUGCAUUGGAUAUCUUGAGAAUCGAUGGAUCUGGAUUCGGUAGCAAUGUAACUGGUGUCAAGGUUUAUGUAGGAAUCAAAGAAUGUACAAUUCUUUCAGUCUCAGAUUCAAUCAUUAACUGUAGAUUACCAGUAGGAAUCUCGAACAAAUACAUUUCGAUCCAAACACCAAACACUCAACUUGUCAUGUCAAGUCAAUACUUUAGAUACAAAUCAUCGGUGAUCAACUCACAAUCAGGAUCGAUUCCAACACUAGGAGGAUUAAUGCAAUUCAGAGGUAGUUCAUUUGGUGACUCACUCAAUGAUAUCGCCUAUGCCAAAUUUGAUUCUCAAGCUAUUGAUUGCAAGUCAUUCAACGUAUUUACCGAAUGUAUGAUUCCCAAAGGUAUCAACAAUAACAUUGAACUCAAGAUUGCAUCCGGUGAUUAUCUCAACACAACACUUGUCAACGUCUAUCAGAAUCCUGUUAUUGCAUCUUUGUCAGCAUUGCCACAGCUCAACACUCUAAUCAUUGAAGGAUCCAAUUUAAUUCCAAAUCAAAUGCCAUAUGAUCAAAACUCAUGGAUUGAACUCACUAAUCAACAAUCACAAAUAACCAAAUUCAAUGAAACAUUUGUUAAUGAAGCCAAGAUUUCAGUGAAUUCCAAUGUCCUACAAUCACAAUUCACUUCGGUAAAGGUUGUUAUUGGAGGACGUCCUUCCAAUGUCAUGAAUAUUCAAUACAACUUUAAUGUAUUUGUUCAACUUUAUCAAGACAAUAAUUUUGAUGGAAUAAGACAACCAAAUGAACCAUUGUUAACUGGAACAGUUAUCUUCUCAACUGGAACUAUCAACCAAACCAUUUCUAUAACUGGAAGUGGAGGUGUGCUCACCACAGCGGCUGGAAUUUACUCUGCCAUCAUUAAUGUCGGUUCCAACUUCGUGGCUCCAUUGAAUAAUUUUAAGGUUGAAGUGUUUGGUAGUAUCACCAAUCAAUACUAUAUUCCAAUUUGGGAAAAGAAAUCUUGUGUUAAAUCCUACACAACGACCGACGGACAAACCAUUGUCACACUCCAAGAAGGAACAAUCAAUUUGAGAAACUAUGGAAUUUGUUCCAACACUCAAAAUUGUUUAUAUCCUAUCACUGUUACUUCUCCACCUCAGUGUAUUGCCACAUCCACCAAUGACGUAGUUACUAUCACCCAAGGAAUUCCACUUACCCUAACAUUCUAUAUGGAUAACAAUUUUAAUGGAAUUAAAGAUGCCAACGAGAAUGCACCAGAUCCAAAUGUUAUUACCAUUAUCUAUUCAAAGGAUGGAAGUGGUAUUAACAAUCAACAAUUUGUGUCAUCCGGACAAGAAACACUUUAUGUUUCGAGUGGAUUGCUUAAAGUUUCAUUCCAAUUCGAUCAAUCAUCAAAACCAACACUCUAUUCAAUCGUCAGUGGUAAAACCUAUGAUAUUUCCGGUGCAGUAUCCGAUUCAUUUGGAUUCUACAAAUGGAACUACGAUUCUGUACCACCGGUUGCAUUCUACAAUUCAUUGAGAUAUAAACUAUCUCUUCCAGUCGGUAAAUAUAAUUUACAAACACUCCAGAAUAUGGGGUGGUUAGUUCAGAGCAAUAAGAUUUCCAACGGUAUAAUUACAGCAAUCAAUGCAUUCAACAAUAACCAAAGAGUUACAUUGUCAUCAUCGAGCACAGAUAUCAAUUCGGUUGUCCUUCAAACCAAUGCACCAUUGGAAAUAUCAGUUUCACCAUUCUCCAAUGUUUUGAUUGAAGUAUCCUAUAUCCCAAUGUUCAACUCGUUCACAGGAUUAGAUCAAGCAGGUGGUCAAACAUCCGCUGAAUUCUUCUCACCCUAUCUUACUCUCCCAUCGAUUUACUAUGGUACUCCAAGCUUCAGCAAUGUAAUGAAUUGUCAAUCUAUCAAUGGAAAUCAAUCACGUGUUCAAUGUAUAAUACCACAGGGAAGAGGAACAGUUCAAUUGUCAAUGAAAUCAACAUCACCAUCACAAGAACAACUCUAUCCAUUCUCAGAGUACAAGAUGCUCUACACAAACACUGUUAUUCAAGGUACUGUCUAUGAAGAUACCAACGCUAACAAUCAAAAAGCUUCUGAUGAAAAUGGUAUUGCUGGAAUUGUUGUUAAGCUUGGAACCACAUUUACAACAACCACCAAUGCUGCUGGUUUCUAUUCGUUCACAGUGCCUUCAGAUCAAUCAAGUUAUGUACUCUCUGUUGUUUCAACUGCUACCUUCUUCCUACCAACCGAAAUUACAGUCAAUCCAACUCAAUUGGUAAAUCAAAACAUUGGACUCCUCAGAUACGAUACAACAAAGAAAUGUCAAGUAACACUCACCUCAGGUACUAAAACUAUGUAUCUACAAUAUGGAACGUUUAACCUUGCAGACUAUGGUUGGUGUAACCCUCAACUUAGUACAACAUGUACAAUGAGUGUGAUUUCAAGUACAACUCCACCAGAUUGUGCUGUGGAUUUCAAUAACCUCUCCUAUGUCAGAGUUAGAUAUGCCAACCUUGUCAAUUUAAAUCUCUAUAUUGAUCAGAAUUUGGAUAAUAUCAUCAAUGAUGGUCCUUCACCAGGAUUAUUUGAACAAACAGUCACCAAAAUAUACAAUUAUUUCCCGGACAAUUCAUAUUCUUUGGUUACAUACACCGGAAGCACUAAAGCAAAUAUUGAUGUUACAAACAAAAUUAUGGUUGAAUUUACACCAGUCAUCAAUACUCGACCAGUGGUAUCUGGUUCUACACAUAUUAUAACCAAUGGUCAGACAUUGAAAUUCCCAUUCUUCAAAUACCAAUACUCAGCUCCAUCUCAGAAAUUCUUUGACCAACCAGGUAACACUGGUCAAACACUCGAACUUCCAAUUGGAGUGUAUGAAAAUGGCUAUCUGUCUGGACUUCCAGUGUCGUGGGUAAACAAAGUGAAAUCAUUCACAGUGGCCACAUCACUCAAAGUUUUAUUAGUCUACAAUGCUAACGCACCAGACUCUUAUGGUGUUUUCUAUACUGAAGGACAACAAGGUGUUACAUCGCCAAAUUUGUUGAAAUUCAUUGUUUACUCAGAUACCGCACUGGUCACAAACAACAUCAAUAUUCCGGUCACUGGUGGCUCGUUCAUGAUUAACAAUUGGUCAAGUCAACCUCCACAAGUUAAAUAUUGUGCAGAUACCAAUGCCCCAUAUACAAUUUGUCCACUAUUAGCUGACCAAUCGAAGUAUCAAUGUCCAAUUCCCGCUGGCUCAUGGAACUGCAAUAUCGACAUUAAAUAUGGAAAUUUGGCAUUGUAUGGAAACUACCAAUUCAGUAGAAUUCCACCCACGAUCACAGGACUCGUCAAACAACCAUCGAGAUUGUUUUCCAACGAACUUUUGAUCAAAGGUGAAAACUUCCCCCCGUCACAAGAACUAUCUUCUUUCUAUUCCUCUGUAUCUUCCGUGAAAAUAGAUACAUAUUCUUGCGUAUUGGUUUCAUUCAUCAACUCCACCACUAUCUCAUGUUUAACAGUUGCUUUUGGAAAUACUAUGCCUGACUCUGGUGUCAUCUCCUUGAGAAUAUCGAAUCAACCAAUGACCUACACCUAUACCUUCAACUACCUUUCUUCGAAAUGUGCUGGGGCUCAGAUUAAAAAUGGAUUAGCAACCUAUAACUAUGCAAUUGGAACAAAUAUAUAUACUAUUUAUACCUUUGAUACUCUGGUUUGUUCAUGGUUUUGCUAUUGCACUGUUUCCACAAACCCUAUUUUUAAUCAAGAUUGGAAUGUUGCUAUGAACUCAAUGACAUACUCUGCAACUAGACCAUCAAUAAUUAAUAUGUAUUUAACUGUAUCAUAUGCAAAAUGUAUUAGUAUUACUCUUUAUCGCGUACCAGGUACACCUCGUCCAAUCCCAAGAACCUUUGAGAAGGGAACUUAUACAUUUACUGCUGCCGAUAGUAUGUAUGCAUUGAUAACUCCACAAAUCGGUUGCAAAGUUGUCAUGUUUUUGGAUGACUCAACAUCAAUCACAGUGGUUUCAUCAUUCGAUCCACAAAAUUUCCCCAACUACCCAUGGAAAUCGACACCACUAUCCAAAAUCAUUAUUUCUGACUUCGAUGAUUACGGUGGUAACCCAGUCACAUCAUCUGGACCGCUUGUUUCUUCACCACCUCUACUCGGAAUGGCCCAAGAUCACCUACAAUAA